CAGGAAGAUGGAAUGCUGCUUCAUCGGUAUCUGGAAGAGACAGCCCACCCUGCCCACAGGAUGUCAGCUCCCAUGGCAGCAAAGGAGCAAGAUAUCUGGAUCCAGUCCUUCCAGAGGACAUAUGGUGUCGUAUAUAUUCCUUACUACAGAUGCAAGAUGCUGCACCGGCCGCCUGUGUUUCUCGCUCCUCCCUAGGCUACUGGAGAUGCCAUCCCAAUCUCACCUUCACCAAUGAAACGAUGUGCCCGAAAGAAAAUUUGAAUACACCAGGAUCAGACGCUAUUAUAAGAGACUACAACAACAAUAUCGACCGUGUUCUGACAAACCGCUCGGGCGCUGCCUCCGUGACGAAACUCAGGCUUGACUACCAUGUUCCUCGUGAUGGCACUGAAUCGUAUCAUCAUCUUGAUAGCUGGCUUCAGAUGGCUGUUACACCGAGAACCGAAGAACUCGAGCUUCUAGUAUGGUCGAAAGAGGCGAGCUUUGAUUUCACAGGUGUGGGGGCUCGAUUCAGAAGCUUCUCCUUUUCAGGUGCGCCUUGCGUCCCACAUUUCAACUUGGUUUGACAAGCCUGAAAACACCGCAUCUGCGCGAUGUGCGUGUUACCGGGGAGGAGUUAGGGUGCCUUCUGUCCAGUUCCACUGCUUUGGAACACCUGAAGCUUGUAUACUGCGAUGAUAUUGUUCGCCUCGAGAUACCUUGCCUGCUACUGCGGCUCAGCUUUCUAGAGGUGGCUGGAUGCAUGAAUCUUCAAGUGAUAGAGAAUGAAGCUCCAAAUCUCUCCAGAUUUUACCUUGAAGCAGGUGAACUGGUGCAAGUCUAGUUUGGAGAGUCGAAAGUGAAGAAAGUGCAGUUAAUGCAGAGUUGUGCCAUCAGUUAUGCUAUUGACAACCUUCCUUCCCGUGCGCAGAAUCUUGAGACUCUUACCAUAUAUUCUACUUGUGAGAGAGUCAAUGCACCAAUGGCAUCCAUCAAAUUCCUCCACCUCAAGUUCUUGAGUAUUCUUCUUGUUAGUGGAUCUAAUUUUGACCGGGACUAUGAUUAUUUAUCAUUGCUUCCUUUUUUUGAUGCUUCUCCUUCCCUGGAGACGUUUCGCUUGUUUGUAGCGGAGCAAUCCAUGUCUGACUGGUUUGAGGGAGAUCGCUCGUCUCUGAGGAGAAUGCCACAACACUGCCAUGGGAACCCCAAGAGUGUGAAGAUCGUCGGUUUCUUUCCCCAAAAGAGCAUGGUUGAGCUAACAUGUCAUAUUCUUGAGAAUGCAACGUCACUUGAGUCCCUUACAGUGGAUGCUAGUCCUGCUAAUUACCGGUGUUCUGGCAGGGGCAGGAAAUGCUGUCCCCUGGAAGCUACAGCUAUAGUGAAGGCACGUAAACCAGUCUUGGCUGUGAAAAAAUACAUCGAGGGGAAUGUUUCCUCUACAGUCAAGUUAAAUGUUCGGGAGCCUUGCAGACGAUGCCAUCGUUUGGUAAAAUCAGGUGUCAAGCCAUUCUAUCUGAUGUUUAAUGAUUAGAUGUUUUAGUUGCCAUGUUACUUUCAAGAGCUGUCCAACGUUUAGGGGUCUGUGAUAUUACAUUCUUGUAAACUUUGUUUACCAGACUGUCCAAUGUACUUAAUAUUGCUGUAUCAGGUGCCCUUAAACAUUGUAUUAAUCUUUAUAGUUUCUUA